AUGAUGGUAAGUACAUAUAAGAUAGCUCUCUGUAUAUUUGUUUGUACUAUUUGUGAUAAUCAAAAUUAAGAAUUAGUUAUAGCAGUAGUCUUACAUGUCCAACUUUAUAUCUAGCAGAUUACAAAUUGUAAAAAAAUACAGUAGUAAUUUUUUGCACAAUAAGAGCUGUAAGAAAGCAAAAAAACUGAUUUUUCUCCUUCUCCCAUCUUAUAAAUAUCAAUAGCUGAAUCAUGUUAAAGUAAAUGCAUCUAAAUACAACAAUUAAUUUGA